AUUUUUACGUUUGUUGUCGUUCUUUCUCCUUCCUAGCGGAGCGGGCGUCGCGAAGUCCACCAACUUUUUUUUAAUACUUAUAAGCGUUCUAUUGUAUUUCGCACACAAACCUAGCGCAUUUUUUUUUAAAUAUCAUUUUACGCUACCUGGUCCCUUAGCACAUAUCAGCAGGUAAUUUGUUCUUCUUUGAAGAAUUAAAAGAAAAAGUUUCAGACUGGUGCUAAAUUCUUAAACCGAUUAAGCGGUGUCUUGUCUCCAAUGUCAAGUUCAGAGCAGCGCGGUGCUGCCAUGCAGGUCACAAGCUCUGACAAGAAUGCCCCAUGUUCGUCGAUAAGUCAAUUGAUUCUGUCCGUUAAUGACCAACCCCAGUUGGUGCCGCCCUUGACCACCUAUUCUCGGGUCUCUACGUCCGGCGCGGGCGAGGAUCGAAGCACCAUCGCGGUGGAUGAGAACAUUCUCUGCUACAUCGUUCAGUCGACUUCGAUACGCAUCAUCAGAAUGCAGGACGGUACGAAAAAACUAUGUAAGGGAAACGCUUCCCCCAUCGGCGACAUCAAGUUGUCUCCGAUUCCCUUUAAGAAUAGCGCCUUGCUGGCGUCUGUCGAUAGUGCGAGUUCGAUAGUCAUAUGGCAGAUUCAAAAGUCUUUACUUAUCAAGAAGCUGCUGCACAUAUACGGGGAUAAGGAGGACAAGAGCUGCGUGUGCUCGACGUGGCACCCCUCGAAGCCUGGGGUGCUGGCGACCGCGGACGAGGACGGCUACAUAUACAUUUGGAAUUUGAACGACCUGGUCGACGAAGCGAAGUCCCACGACGAGGUAGGCUUGACCAAGCACUUCAGCGAGAGCGCUGAGACGUCUCUGUACACAUUGUACCGAAAGCCUUUGAUACCUGGAAAAUAUAGUUUUUUUAGCGUUUUGUUUGGGAAGCCGAUCAAGGACAUGUCUUUCCUUCAACACGAGAGCAAACAGUACUUGGUGACUUGUACCAGUUCCGGCGCCGUGGUGGUGCGGGACGUGCAGUCCGGGUCCAGCCUGCACCGGUUUUACCCGCACGGUCUCAAAAGAAGGGUGUCGAUGGUCAGGAUGCUGAGGCAGGCUCCGAAUCGUUGCCUGUUCCUCACGGCUACGAGCGACAGUUUCGAAAUCAAGGUCUGGAGCCUGAGGAACCCGGAGAGCUGGACGGAGUCGAUGCACGUGGCGUUGGCGAGUGCCGAUUGCAUGGACGCGUUUUCGGCCAGUGGGUUCAAAGUUUGCUACGAAAAAAGUUCGUCGAUAUUGGUCAUUUCGCACCCCAAGGUGCCGACUAUAUGGGUGCUCCACCUCGACGAGGCGGGCAUGGCGGACCGCAGGGCCGUUUACAAGAAUACGUAUUCCGUCAUUGACGCGCACGCGCAGUCUGCGGAGGUGGGUCAGGAGCAGGGGGUGAACUUGUUUUGUGCCAUGGAGACGCAGAUAUCUAGUCUUUUUUUCUCGCACGCGGGUUUGCGGCCCCUGAGCGGCGUGGCCCUUCUGGACAGGCCGUGCCUUACGCCGGACGCCGUGAAACAGCCCGGCGCGACCGAUUUGUCGUCCGAGUUGAAGGCGGCCCCCGCGGCCUCCAGGGUGACUCCGACGCAUUUGAUCUCUCCGUCGGAUUUUUUGAACAGAGAAUCCAGAGAGUCUAUGCCCCCCAUAGGCGACCCGUCCGCUAAGGCGAACAGGUCCUUGCACGCGUCCCCCAUUGCUUCGUUUCCCGGCUUCGAUCGCAACUUCGUCGGCAGCUCGAACGACACGAUGCUCCUGCAGCAGAUCAAGGCGUUGCUGUACGAACAGAAGGUGCAGAUUUUGAGCGAGCAACAAGAGUGGAUAAAGAAGGAGGGCAAGCGUCAGACCGAGCGCUCGGUGCAGACGCUCAGGUUCGUCCAAAUUUUAAUCACGUCUUUGAAAAACGAGUUCGACACAGCGAUCCAGGGUCUGAACGCCAAGCUUGACUCUAUUUUGCAGAGCAACGUCAACGCGCUUUCGCAGGCCAUUCCCGAGCUGACCGAAAAGCUCGUUUCGGGCGUGCAGCGUCCGGUGGGACAGGCGUUCAAGAACUACUUUUCGCAACAGCUCAUUCCCGCCUUCGAGGACGCCUGUAAGUCCAUGCUUUCGCAGAUAUCCGAGAUGUUCGAAAAUGGCGUCAGAGAGUACGCCAUGGCGUUGAGCAACGCCAACAUCACGUUGUCGCCGCCGGCCGCCGCGCUCGAUCCCGCUGUUUCCUCACUCGUGAAGGUGACCGAGAGAAUGAGCAAGUCCAUCAUCGACACUCAGGAGCGGAUGUCGUCCGCUUUUUCCAACGUCCUUUCCGCGCUUCACCCCGCCCACCCGCAGUACCUUUACCCCAUCCCCCCGCUCCCGGCUCAGUUCGGCAAGAAUCCCGCCUCCGCGAGUCAGGGCGCCAAGAACUGUUUGGAUUCCCCGCACCAGACGCACCCGUCUCCGCAGCCGCAGCCUCUCUCUGCCAACAAACAGGCCGGCGCCAACACGCCGACCCCGAAUCACGGAGCGGGGUCCUCCAACUGGAAGCCCAAGUCCCCCGCCUCCCACGGGCCCGCCGAAAAGGCGCAACCCUCGCCCUUCGCCGAGGCGCAGUCCAGACAGCCGCCGUCCCAAUGCGAACAAAGGAGAGACGCCGUCAACUCGAGCAAGGCGGCCAACCCGUCGGACCAGUCGCCGUCGGAGCCGCACUCUAGGCACGAGAAGAAGGGGAACGCGCCCCCGCACGCCAACUCGGCGGCUAUGCAGUGCGGCCCCUCCGACGCCGUCAGGACGGACGCCGCCGCGACCGGAAUUCAGCCCCUCCAGACGGUCCAGAACGCCUUUGAAAACACCGCGAUUUGCUCGCCUCAAACGGCAAACGCAACAAUUUUAACCGAACACAUUUUCAGCCCCAAGUCCCCCCUCCCUCAACUCCCCUCAGUCAACAAGCCGCCUUCGGACGACGCCAAGUCCGACAAGUCCACUGAGGCACCUCCGUCCGUCGCGUCCGCGAAACCCAACAAGACGUCCGCCCGCGCCGCGCAAAAACACAACAAGGCCGCUCCCCCCGCCGCGGCUCAACACCUCGCCGUCACCAAAGUGUACAAGGGCAACCUCGCUGAGUCGGCCGAAUCCAGCGCCCCCGAGCCCAAACCGGCCAAUCUCGAGGCGAGCACCCUAGAUUCAAUCGGCAAGCAAGUGCUGGAAAAAGUAAGCGCAGACAACCCCAAGCCAAGAGAGCUCGCCAGAGAACCCGUCAGAGAACCCGUCAGAGAACCCGUCAGAGAACUCGUCAGAGAACCCGUCAGAGAACCCGUCAGAGAACCCGUCAGAGAACUCGUCAGAGAACCCGCCAGAGAACUCAGCUCAACCCUCCCCUCACUCAACAACUCCGAAAAACCAAAACCAGACGCAUCGCGAGAACGCGGACUCGAGGAAAACCCUCCACUCAACGACAUUUUCAAACUUCAACAGCUCGCCGCGCUCAACCUCGACCUCCCCCCCAUCAAGCCCCUCCCUGAUCUGCACGUCGGCACAAACCUCGUAGUCAACAGCCUGUUUCAAACCCCCGCGCGCCCCCCCUGCGCGACCGCGACCCCCGUCAACGCGGACCACACACCCGGACCUGACAACGACCUCGGCAACGACGAGAUGAUCAGAGACAUUAUCGAGCGCCUUCCCGACCCAGACCCCCCCGCACUCGCGACCUUCGCCGGGCAACCCAACCCCAUCAACUUUACCUUGAAUGAACCCGACAGCGCGCCCCCGCUACCCGACCCCUCGCUGAAGCACCUGUAAGAAAAAAUAAAAAGCGUCGUACAAAUGCGAAGGCAAACGCGUUUCAAGGCCUUUGACGGCACUCCAACCUCUGCAUCU